UACCUCGUGUAAAUCAAAGUCAAGUCCUUUCUGGGGUUACUUGCAGACGCUGCUUCUUCGUUUACCAAUCCAUUGAUGGAUAACUUAGCAUUGGACAUCGUUCACAGAUGGAACUCCGAGGAAGCCCGAAAGAAGAUGAUCUUCGCCGGCGACCGGCAAGAGGCGGAGUGCUACCUCCAAGCCGUCGAUGAAAUCCAGCGCUCAUACGACGAGAGCGCCAUCGCCAUCGCCAUGUCACGCUUGCGAAACGAAUUCCGUAACAUCCUAAUCUCCCGCGCCAACCCCACUUCCUUCCUUCACCAUCUCAACACCGAAGAAGAAAAAGAAGAAGAACCCCAACAGGGUUGUUGUGCUGGCUUCAGUCAUCGACGCUUUAACGGUUCACCUUCAGCAAAACGACAUGAUGCUGCUGAUGAACUUCUUUCUUUUGUCAACUUGGAGGAGAUGGGUGUGAUAACUUUUAGUGUUGAUGCUAUAAACGACCUGCGUUGCAUUGCGGAAAGGAUGAUAUCGUCAGGGUACUUGUGGCAGUGCAUAGAGGUUUAUGGCACUGUGAGGAAAUCCAUUAUCGAUGCCACCCUUCAGAGGCUGGGCAUCGGUUAUGUUCAGCGAGACCAGCUUCCGCCUGACACAAGGAUCCACAUCUGGAGAGAAGCAGCUAGGGUCAGUGUUCUCAUCUUGUUCGCCCGCGAGAAGAGGCUUUGUGAGGAAAUCUUUGAAGGCGUUGGUCCUGAUAUUGCUCAUGCUUCCUUCAUGGAGACGGCCAAAGAAGCUGCCAUUCAGCUUCUCAAAUUUGCUGACGCUAUUUUCACAAGCACGACCUCAUCGCCUCAGAAGCUGUUCAGGAUUCUAGACCUGUAUCAAGCUUUGGCUGAUUUGAUACCUCAUUUUGAUAAUAUCUUUGACCAUAAAUCAUGUUAUCCCAUACGUAUUCUCGCUGCUGAUGUUCUGUCUUGCUUGUCUGAGGCUGCAAGGGACACUUUCUUCCAGUUUGAAAAUUCUGUGCUUGGGGACACAUCUGAGUCUGAGAUUCCUAUCCCUGCAAAUGGGAUAAUUCACCCCUUGACCAUUUAUGUGAUGGAUAAUUUAAGUUUUAUCUGUGAUUACAAACAAACUUUGGAUGACCUUAUAGUGCCUAAGCCAUCAAUGGAGUCUAUUUUCACCCCUGAUAAGCAUUUUGCCCAAGAAGAAGGGGAAACCCGCUUGACUAUUUACUUAACUUCUAUUAUUGAGACGUUGCUAAUUAAGUUGGAUGGUAAGUGCAAACAAUAUAAGGUCGAGUCUUUGUCUCAUCUGUUCACGAUGAACAAUGCCCAUUACAUUUUUAAAAGGGUGAGAGGGCAUUCUAAAUUGAGGGACAUAAUUGGAGAUGGUUAUUUGAAAAAGCUGGAGAGAAAAUUCCAGCAGGCUGCUAUUAGCUACGAGAAAUCAACUUGGGGGAGGGUGUUGGAGUGUUUAACGGAGGAGGGAUUGUAUUUGAAAAAAGGUGGUUGGGGGAGGGUGUUUGAUUGUUUAACAGGGGGGGGAUUAUAUUUGAAAAAAGGUGGCAAGAUGUCAAUCUCAAACUUAAAGGCCUUCACUGUCUUGUUUGAGAAGGUUCAUAGGACUCAGGCUGUCUGGUCAAUACCGGAUUUACAACUCAGAAGUAGCCUUCAAAUGUCUAUAACACAGAAGCUGAUCCCAGCGUAUAAGUCAUUUGUAAGGCGGCAUGGGAACAUCAAAUUGGGCUACGUUAAGUAUUCUGAGCUGGACCUGAAUGCUGCUGUUUUGGAUCUUUUCAAAGGAAAAUCUAUUUCCUAACACUUGAGCAGCAGAAGAGAACACAAUGAUCAAGUAUUCAAGUUUUUACCAUCAUAUUUUCACACUUAUUUUCUCUUAUAUUCAUUUUCAUUCUCCUUUUCUUUUUAGUCAUGCCAUGUAUCAUGUAGUUUAGAAGCUAUGACACAUUCUUCUAAUUCUUUGUUUUUCUUUCCUUGGAGUGUUCCGGUAAUUGAGUCAAUCUUAGAUUUCUCAGGCUCUCGAGUGCUUCAAGAUUAAUGGAAGGGGUUACUUAGUUAGAGGAGUUUUCUGAAGUAAAUAAAUAUGAUGAAGAUGCAAGGAAAGGGUAUGAUGGUCUCGAGUUCAAUAUUUGAAGUGAGAAUUUUGUUAUCACAGGAUGAUACUUUAGUAUGAAAAAAACUAAUUAAAAUUACAUGUAUGUUCAAAUAUAAAGGACAAAAAUGUUACUAAACCUUGUUUUAUUGUAGUGCUAAACUAGUUUUAAAUGUGGACAAAAAUAUGUUUAUAACUUAGUUGGUAAUAAUUUUUUUCACCGAAUGUAAGUAUUAACAAAACGAUGAAAGCACAAAAGUUUUCUACACUAUAAGUUAGAUUUGAACUCAUGCCACGUGUAUGUUAAUGUAAAGCAAGUUCACAUACAGGAUGCAAUUAUUUCUAAAAAUGCAAUCUAAAUUAAAUCAAUACUCAAUACUUGCGUGCAAUGUGGAUCAAUUUCUAAAACAAUAAGAAUCAAGUUAUGCAACGAGUCUUUAGGAAUGUUAUGAGAAAAAAUAUUAAAAUAUAUCAUUUUUAUUUUUAUAAACAUUUACUGAAGAUUUUAUCCGAGUUAAAUCUAUAAGUACCACAGCUAUUAGUUUUGGAUUAGUGCAUCAGUUCACAUAAAUAUACUAAAAUCAUUUAUAAUGUGCAUUAAAAAUUUCAGAAAUAAAAUGAAAAAUAGGAAAAACUUUAUGCUUUUGCAAAUUCAAAGUAACUUACGCGGUUACUCCGACCAAAAGUAAAGUCAAUAUACAUUUCUUCAGAUAAUUGUGUUCUUAAACACUUUUUUUUUUUCAUCUAUUUUUUUAUUCUCUUUCUUUAUAUUUCUCUUCCGAACCUUGAAGGUUAGAACGUGUCCUUGUCUCCUUGGACAACCAAAUCAAAGUCAAGUCCUUUACGGGGUGACCCUGUAUCUUCGUCUACUCAAUUCAUUGAUGAGGAACUUAGCAUUGGACUUCAUUCUCCUGUGGGACUCCGAGGAAGCCCGGCAAAAGAUAAUCUUCACCGGCGACCGGCAACAGGCAAGGUGGUACCUCCAAGCCGUCGACGUAAUUCAGCGCUCCGAUGAUCAAAGCACCAUCCCCAUCGCCAUGGCACGCUUGGAAAACGAAUUCCGUAACAUACUAAUCUCAUACACCAACCCCACUUCUUCUCUUGACCCUCUAAACACCGAAGAAGAAGAAAAAGAAGCCCAAAACAGUUUUGGUUGCUUCCGUCAUUUCCGCUUCAACGGUUCAGCAAAACAACAUGAUGCUGCUGCUGCUGCUGAUGAUGAUAAGCUUCCUCACAUUGGCGUGAUACCUUACGAUGCUAUAAAGGACCUGCGUUGCAUCGCGGAAAGGAUGAUAUCAUCUGGGUACUUGGGCAACUGCAUCCAUGUUUAUUCCAGAGUUAGAAAAUCUGUUUUUGUUGCCACUGUCCAGAGGCUGGUCAUCAGUGAUGUUAAGCUUCGGCUUAAGGCCAAGAUCCAGCGUUGGAGAGAGGCUUCUACGGUUUAUGUUAGGACCUUGUUUGCCAACGAGAAGGAGCUCUGUGAGAAAAUCUUUGAUGAGGUUGGUCCUGAAAUUGAUCGUGCCUGUUUCAUGGAAACUGUGAAAGAACCUGCCAUUCAACUUCUUAAAUAUGCUGACGCUACUUGCA